GCAGAGCGCCAUGCAGAGCAAGUCGCAGACUACCCUUUCGUCUGGUAACUUUGUUGGCACGUUACCUUUCUGUGCUAAAAGAGGAGUUUGCCUAACAGCACCCUCUGGUGAGUCCUGCGAUGCAGCAAACUGAGGAUCAGAAGGAGCAGCCUGCAUCGCACGGCGCUGUCCCUCACCGCUGGGGCAACGAGGACGUGUAAUCUAUUCAGUACAUCUAUAAAAAACAUAUUUUUAACAUCUUUAUGAUCAGGUGACUCUUCAGGGUAUUCAGCAGCUCUCUGUUUCAGCAACAUUUGUCAAAAAUCAUGAAAGAGCUUUGUAAGUUACAACUGCUGCACGCUAAAGGCUUAACCCAGUGUGAAAGCACCUUAACUACAGAAUGCAACUGCAAAUGUUUAAAGGAUAUUUAUAGGAAAAUAAAAUUACACAUAGCCAGUAAGAGACCUGUGGAAAUAAAAGGCACUGCUUAUAGAGAAAAUCCAGUGAAUUGGAUGUGUACUUGGCCUCAUGCACCGAAACACUCCAGGAUAAUGCUCUUGUAGAGGCUGCCUUUUGUUUUGUAAUUGUUAUAAUUCUUAAUUUUUUUGGUGUGACGCCUGCAUGUGUGCACAUCCCUUAAAAACUACCUAAGUUUCCCAAAAGGCUGAAAGAUGAAUCUUACAUGCUGACAAUGUAACCUAGUCAGUGCUUUAUUUCUAUAUCAUGCUUUUUCUUGUAGUUUGUAUUGCACUGAAGAGAUACUUAGCUACAGUCAUUUUACAUGCUAUUUGCAGUGUUUUAUGUGGGCCAGACCCACAAUAUGGGCUAAUACUGCUGUUAGCUAGUUUUUCUUUGGCACAGUAUUGUCUGCAACAGUACUUAGGUGGGAGUUGAGGCAGGGAGAAGUCCAAAAAGUAGUAAAGGCAGAUGUGAAAUUAAAAAAAAAAAAUUCUUGGUUUGACAUCUAUAUGUUUAUAGGUUUCCACAGCCAAUCAGGUGUAAGGAAGAGGUAGUGUUUGCAUUGAUUAUAGUGAAGCAGCAGUUCUGAGUAGCUAAGGUAGAAGUACAUUAAUUCUUUGAGAAGCAUUAUUGGAGCUCUAAAAGCUGUGUAGCUCACAGUGUACUCAGUCCACAUCUACUCCAGCCAAAAAUUCCAGCAUCUUCAGGUGCUGCCCAGACACUGCUGCGAGAGCAGAAAGGGAAGACUGAACUACUUUUCCCAUGCUCCUCUGCCUGCAGAUAUUAGUAGCUAUUUGAGUGCAUGUUUUGAACUUUGUCUUCUAAAAAGGUAUACUCUUUUUGUAGCUUUGAACGUACAUAUGAAGCUGGAACAGAAAAAUAAGGUUGUUUAUGAGCACUCUGUUGUACUUGUUAUUUUGUAGUUCUCUCCUCAGACAGAAAUAUGGAAAUAUGACUGUGUCCUUUUUCCACAUUCUGCUAUUGGAAAAAAGUAGCAUCUGGAAGUGAAAACAAUAUAGAUUACUAACCAGAGGCAUACAGUAUUUUGACAUGACAAGAGAAUUUUAGCAACUUGAUGAAAGAGAUGCAGGAUUUUUUUUUGUUGUUUGCUUAUUUUAUGGAAGUUGUGUUGGUUCAUCCCUUUAGCUGUGUUUAUUUGUACUCUGUAAGCCUGGCUGUUAGUUACACUUCUGUAAUGUGAGUAGUGACCCAGCAGGCUAGGGUCAUUCCCUGUCGUAGGGGAAACUUAGCAUAACUCCACCUGAAAGGUCCACGUAAGUGAUUGCAUGGCAUGAUUGUGCAGUAGGUGGUCAAAAGGUCUAAUGCAGAUAAUUUAAAGACCUAUGUGCACAGCUCAGGCUGUAUUGUGUUAGCAGUUACGGACAGGGGCUCUUUCUCUGCUUCUUUCCCAUCUCUGCAUUCUUCUUCCCUUCUUUGUACCAGCUCCAGCACUGGUCUGUGCUGUGCUGAGUUGUCUUGAGGCUAAAAAGCUAGCCUAAUAAAAAUAAGUGAAUAACUUUCUUCCGGGCUAACGGACUGAAACAGCUUAGCAGAGUGUCUGCUAAGCAUUAAGACCAGGCAAGGGAGGGGGUGGGAUGGAAGCUGCAUAGACUUAGCGGGGCACAGCUCUCAUCCCGAGAGGUGCUUCUGCAGCCAUGUAUCAUGGAUAUUUGUGCAGAGCUGAUGAGAAUGUGGCACCACUGGGGAAAAGGGCCUUGCCUCAGUGGGCAGCACAACCACAACAACUCGGCAAUGACCAUAGCCUUACAGAUUAACGAAUGGUAUGGUUAAGCUAGAGAAAGGGAGCAUUAUAAGGUGAAGUAGAGAGCAUAAUAAAGCUUAGUAAAAAGCCUUUUUUUUUUUUUUUGAUGAGUAGGUCCAAACUAGAGUGGAUAAAAAGAGUAUAGCAUACAAACAACAGAUGGUACUUUGGGAGAAAAAAGCCCUUAUUUGCUUGAGUCUCCCUACAAAAUAAGCCACUGAAGUUUAGUGGCUUAUAUUGACUCCUUUUUUGCUACUCAGCUCAUAUUUCUGUUUUUCUUGGCUUAGAAACAAAAGUUUAGUAACAAAAUUGUGUCACGGUCAUUUAAGAUACUGAGAAUAUGUUUCUGUAUGCCUUGAUGUAAUAUUUAGGCAGCAGAAAGAGCUGAAACUGACCAUUUCUACCAUCUCUUUUAUUUGACUGCUUCUUUCAGCUUCUGGGACUUGUGAACAGUGUUUUUCAUGUUCAUAAGGCUAGUGCUAAGAACUUAAUGCAUUUAUUGUGUCAAAUGGGUUUGUAUCAAUAGCCACUAAACUGCAUAGUUUACUUUCAAUAGAAUUCAGAGUGUGUUAAUAUAUUUACCUUUCAUCGUAAGAAGAAAACUGUCUAAACACAGUUAGAAGGCAAAUGCUUAUACAUACAAAUCUCAAGUUGAUCUUCAUACAUGAGAAAUCUUACUUCCAUUGUACUGUGCCUGUUAACUUACAGACUGCCUACAAGUGGAAUCUGCAAAAGUCAGAGCACUAAGAGCCUUUUUUUAUUGCUUUUCCUCAGAGACAAUGGCAAGGCUUCGGAUUACUAGUGCAAUUGUUAUACUUUUUGUUAUGGCUCAGACUGGAUUCUUACUCUUCAUGUAUGCCCGGUACAGCAGCUUCCUGCCUCAAUCUGAGGAAAAGCCUUCUCAAGUCCACAUCCUCAUUCUCUCCUCCUGGAGGUCAGGAUCGUCUUUUGUUGGUCAGCUUUUCAGCCAGCACCCCAGCGUCUUCUACCUGAUGGAGCCUGCAUGGCACGUGUGGGUUACGAUGUACCAGAACAGCGCCAAAGUCUUGCACAUGGCAGUGCGGGACUUAGUCAGGUCUGUCUUUCUGUGUGACAUGUCUGUGUUUGAUGCCUACAUGCCUUGGAAAAGAAACUUAUCCGAUCUCUUCCAGUGGGCAGUGAGUCGGGCUCUGUGUUCAGCUCCUGCUUGUGACUCUUUUCAACGUACUGACAUAACCAGUGAAAUGGCAUGCAAGACUCUCUGUGGCCGGUACCCGUUCAGCAAGGUGGAGGAAGCCUGUAAAACCUACAGCCACAUUGUCAUCAAGGAAGUCCGAUUCUUUGAUUUGAAGGUUCUCUACCCACUUCUUACUGAUCCUUCUUUGAACCUCAAAAUUAUUCACUUGGUCCGUGACCCCAGGGCAGUUGUCAAGUCACGGGAACAAUCGGUCAAAGCAUUAACCCGUGACAAUGGGAUUGUUUUGAGUACCAAUGGCACUAAAGUUGAAGACAGCAAAUAUAAAGUAAUGCAAGAAAUUUGUAGAAGUCAUGUUCAGAUUUAUGAAACAGCUACUCUAAAACCCCCUAGUUUCCUUAAAGAUCGCUAUCUAAUGAUCCGUUUUGAAGAUCUGGUAAGAGAUCCUUUAUCAGAAAUCUCAGAAAUGUAUAAAUUUGCAGAGCUUAGUUUGACGCCCACACUCAAAAGCUGGAUCUAUAAUAUCACACAUGGACAGGGACCAGGAAAAAAAAAAGAAGCCUUCAAAAUCACAUCCCGAGAUGCAGUUAAUGUUUCCCAGGCCUGGAGGAAUGUUCUUUCCUUCCAGAAAAUUAAGAAAGUACAGGAAGUUUGCAAAGGUGCUAUAAACAUGCUUGGCUAUCAGCUGGUGGAUUCAGAAAAAGAACAAAGAGAUCUAUCAGUGGAUUUGGUGUUGCCGAGACGACAAAAUCAGUUCAGUUGGUCAUCGUUUAAUCCAAAGAACUAAGACAUUACUCCAAGAGAUGGGGGGUGGGGGGGUGGGCAGGAAUAUUUAUAGUGCAAUGUAUAGGUAAUUGAAGAAAUCCUUGUGCACUGAAUUUAAUUUUUUUCUGUAACCUGUUUUUCAUGCAUUUUUUUCUGAGUUUCUUACACCGCAAAACAAAAAAAACCCACAAGAGAAAUGAAGCAAGAAAGUUGUCGGACUACAGCCCAGUUGUGCUAUUCUCAGCAUUUUUUUAAGAAUAUAAUUUAAAUACUUUAUUUUACGAUAUGAAUUAUCAGCGACAUCUUUUCUUUCUGUUCAUUGAUACUAGUUCAAUGCUGUUUUCAUGCUUCAAAUAUUUAAGAACCUCUGUUCCUAAUUUGUAUUGGGGGACAAAGUAGAAACGUGCUUCCACCACUUCGAGACUCC